AUGAACAUCUCACAAACAGACAGAAGCCUAAUCAACAAUGCAACAGUCUACAACGCCGCCAACGGAGAAUACUACAAACAACAACACAUAGACCUCGAAUACGUCUCUCAAUCAACCAAACAUAAAAUCGUCAACCAUCCUCCAAGGGGGAUAGAAGUUAUAAUAGACAAACAAGCGGAUGAUUUGGAUAAAGUAUAUGCACCGAAGGGAACUGUAGUACCACCGGAUGAGAUUUUGGAUAUGUUAAAACCGGGGAAUUUAAAGAUUCCGAUUGUACAUAAUGAAGAUAAGAUUUUACCUGAUAGUGAGUUAUUGAAAGUGAUUCAUUAUUUUGUGAGUAGGAAGAUAAGUAAGGCUGAUGGAGAUACUAGGCGGUUUAUUCGGAGUAUGGACGAAUCCGCUUUGUUGGCUAUGGGGAUGUUGGUAGAGUCGUGGGUGGAUGAGUUGAUUGAUGAAGAACUGGUGAGGAUGUUUUUGGAAAAUUAUUCGUAUGAGAGACCAGAAGAGAGUGAUAUAGAUCGAGAUACAAGCUCUGAUGACGAGGAUGAGGAGGAAGAUGAAGAGGACGAAUAA